GAUCAUAUUGACUAUUUGCAUAGAAUUUCCUUGACGAAGAGCUACGUCGUGUCUCCCGAGUAUCGCGGUACAUGAUAAUGAAUGAAUGUUAGCCAAAAUUUCGUUAAAAGGAAGAGAUGAUAGGCACGCUGGUCACAUAUACGCUGACAACGAUUGAUUAGGGUCAUCCCCGCGGCAACCGAUGGACAAACACAAAUAAACCGGAGGACACUCUGAAGCCGUCUGCGAACCGACCUGUCAGUAGAUAGCUGACCGCUUUCUAAGCGUAAUAUCCACUUUGAAUUUCCAGUCGUGUAUGGCGGAUCCGAAAAGAAUUCCCCUGGGAGGAAGUUUCCUCGACGAUGCCAUAACAGCAGCGGCUACCAUCGAGGUUUCCACCCUCGAGUCGUAACUGGACCGCGAAGGCCGUGCCUGCAGUCCGGCGUCCUAGUUCCACACACGACACUUUGCUUCGAGACCGUAUAACGAUAUUAAGCUCAAUAUAGACGCAGUUACAGUUAAUCUCACAGAGGACUAUUGCCGAGUUCCCUUAAAGCGACGAACUUUUGCGCCAUCAACAAACUGAAACUGAAUGCACUUUCAAUGUUCCUCGCUCGAGGACGAGCGAAAGAACGCCAAUAAGUGAUAUUGCGCAACGCUCGAAGCUUCGAUUCGUAUCGAAAAUAUCUUCCGCGUUCAGACCUUCGAGUUGAUUACCUUUACCAUUUUCCUUCGAAUCCUACUCGCUCGAAGCUCUCAGAUAUUCGGAAGACGCCCACUCGCUCGCAAUCAUGAUAUCCGAUUGUUGUAUCGCCAAGAUUUAUAUGCUGUACGUUCUAUCGACAACUUUUAUGGUCCACGGAGUAGAAGACACGACAGAUGGUCAUACACAGAAACCGACUCAAUCGAGACCGGUGAAUGUUUUUAUAAUUAAUGGUUGGAAGAAUGAAGUGGCGAAUGUAAGCGUGAUCAGAGCUUUGAAGACUCUCGGAGAGAAGUAUUCGGGUCACCUGGGCAAAGUGUGGUCCGUACAAAUCAACGAGAGCGAUUCCACCGAGAGUCUCGAGAUUAUAUGCAACGCAUGGAGCUCGGCUAUCAGUAAAGGCGGUGCGACCGUACCGGAUCUGAUUCUGGAUAUGACGAUGGCCGACCUGGGUGCCGAAGCUUCGAGUUCGUUCACCGCGGCCAUGGGGGUUCCGACUUUAUCCGCUCAAUUUGGUCAGGAGGGCGAUAUUCGCUACUGGAGAGACCUGGACCUUGAUCAAAAAAACUACUUGAUCCAGGUAAUGCCACCGAAUGACCUUGUGCCUGAAGCAAUCCGUCAAUUGGCAAUUCAGAUGAACAUCACCAAUGCUGGCAUCCUCUACGACAAAAAAGACUUCAUCAUGAUCCACAAGUAUAAAAGUUUACUGCUAAAUGUACCGACUAGACAUGUCAUUAACGAUUUGCAAAAUACGGUCGAUAAUGUAAAGGAGCAAUUAACAAAAUUACGAGACUUGGACGUGGUAAACUAUUUCCUACUCGGCGACGAAGAUUCUAUCAACAAGCUAUUGAAUGUUGGGAACUCAUUGAGCUUCACCGGACGAAAGUACGGUUGGUUCAUUUUGACUCUGAACGAAGAAAUGUGGCCGAGCUGCGCGUGUGAGAACAUUACCAUAUUGUUGCUGAAACCGGAAAUGCCGACGGUGAGCAAUGAAAAUCAAGCAGAAUCUGUUAUAAGGGCGAACUUGCCGAAACCGCUCAUCACAUCCGCCUUUUAUUACGAUUUAACUCUAUUGGGUGUCAGCGCGAUGAAAUCCGCUUUGGACAAUGGUGACUGGCCCUUGGAACCCUCUCACAUCAACUGCAAUAGCUAUGAUGAGACGAACACGCCGACGAGGGGUCUGGAUUUCCUAGCUAAACUGAUGGCAGUCUCAAAGAAUAUGACGCCAACAUACGCUAGUAUUAGUUGGGGAAAGAAAAAUGGAGAACAUCAUAUGGACUUUAAAAUGAUCAUGUACAUGAUAAAUAUUGAACGAGAAAAGAUUACGAUGAAAGAGGAGAGCGGAGAUUGGCAGGCGGGCAUCGAGAUGCCCUUGCAGGUCACCAACGAGAAGAUCAUGAAUAACACCGCAGUGACGAGCUAUAGAGUGGUUGUUGUGCAACAUCCACCUUUCAUAAUGUAUGAUAAUAAAACUAACAAAUGGGAAGGGUUCUGCAUCGACCUGCUAAAUGCGAUUUGUGAGACCGUGCCGUUCGAGUACGAGAUACGCGAGGUGGAGGAUGGCGAAUACGGCACGUUGAACGAGAAUGGUAGCUGGAACGGAAUGAUAAAGCAGCUGGUAGACAAACGCGCCGACAUCGCCCUGAGCUCGCUCUGGGUCAUGGCAGAACGGGAAAAAGUAGUCGACUUCACGGUACCCUUUUACGAUUUGGUCGGCCUGUCGAUUAUGAUGCAGAAAACAAAGACGUCGACGUCGCUCUUCAAGUUUCUCACGGUGCUGGAGAACAAUGUCUGGUUCUGCAUACUGGCGGCGUACUUCUUCACCAGCUUCCUUAUGUGGCUGUUCGACCGUUGGUCGCCGUACAGUUACCAAAAUAAUCGUGACAAGUAUAAGGACGACGAGGAGAAAAGGGAGUUUAAUCUCAGGGAGUGCUUCUGGUUUUGUAUGACAUCCUUGACUCCUCAGGGUGGCGGAGAGGCGCCGAAAAAUUUAUCGGGAAGAUUGGUAGCGGCUACAUGGUGGCUUUUUGGAUUCAUCAUUAUCGCAUCCUACACGGCUAACUUGGCGGCUUUCCUUACAGUGUCCAGGUUGGAAAUACCUAUAGAGAACUUGGACGAUCUAAGCAAACAGUAUAAAAUACAAUAUGCUCCUAUCAGAAACUCGCCAGCGUAUUCUUACUUCCAGAGGAUGGCAAACAUCGAGACGCGUUUUUACGAGAUUUGGAAAGAUAUGAGCCUGAACGAUAGCUUGUCGGACGUAGAAAGAGCGAAACUAGCCGUCUGGGAUUAUCCUGUGAGUGAUAAAUAUACAAAAAUGUUCCAAGCGAUGAAAGAGACCGGCUUUCCGGCUGAUAUCGAUGAAGCACUAAGGCGAAUUCGACAGAAGGAUGAGUACGUGAAUAACGAAUUCGCUUUUAUCGAAGACGCUUCGACUAUCAAGUAUCUUGUCAUGACAAAUUGCGAUCUGACCCAAAUCGGAGAGGAAUUUUCAAGGAAACCGUACGCUAUCGCCGUCCAACAAGGAUCACCGCUGAAGGAUCAAUUUAACAACGCGAUUCUCAUACUGUUGAACAAGAGGAGAUUGGAGAAGAUGAAGGACCGAUGGUGGAAGUACAAUCCCAUCAGAAAGAGCUGUGACCUAAAAAGUGAUCAGAGCGACGGCAUUAGUAUUUACAAUAUCGGCGGUGUGUUUCUCGUAAUCUUCGUGGGCAUCAUUUUCGCUUGCCUCACGUUAGCCUUUGAGUAUUGGUAUUAUCAACACCAUGCAAAAGUUACCGAAUUAAAUCAAGCUACGCCCUCAAAAAUGAAAAUGACGAAGACAAUUAAGCCGAUGCGGUUUAAUUUGCAUCCUGCCCCUACACACGGGUUUCAAACAAUCUCGCAAAUUAGAUCGAGAUUUUGAGUUGCAAUUAUCAGGAAGGAUUCGUUUGUAGAAUAUAGAGAAUAAGUAUAAAGCUGUCGCACAAAGGAAUAAAAGCGAUUCUAGACGACCGUGUCAAUUUUGUAUAUUAAUAAGAUAUUAGAUACAAUUCAUGAACAGAUUCAUGAAUUUUUAUAUCA